AUAUUUGCAUUGCGGCUGUCAUUAAAGGAUGCCACCUUGUCACACAGUCAAUCAAGAGCAAAACCUUAGAUGCAGAAGUGGAUGUAUUAUGCUCCGUUCUCUACAGCAAUCACAACAGAAUGGGCCGCCACAAGCCCCAUUUAGCUCUCCGGCAGGUAGAACAGUGUUUAAAGCGUUUGAAAAACAUGAAUUUGGAGGGCUCAGUUGAAGACCUGUCUCAGUUGUUGUCUGCCAAUGAAACCCAGCCAGGAGCUACUGAAAACCGUGUUGUCCCCAGCCAGCCGGUGGUGGAGGUGGUGCUGAUGAAGGUUUUGGGAGGCUGCAAGUUGUUACUGCGCUUGUUGGACUGCUGCUGCAAGGCAUUUCGGUUGACCGUGAAGCACUUAGGACUGCAAGAAUUCAUUAUUUUGAACCUUGUGAUGAUUGGGCUGGUGAGCAGGUUAUGGGUUCUCCAUAAGGGACUUUUAAGGAGGCUGGUUUCCUUAUACGAGCCAUUGUUCCAGUUGCUUCAGGAGGUCUCCAGGAUUCAUCCCAUGCCUUACUUCAAAGAGUAUGCCUUUCCUUCUGAUGUCACUGAUUUUCUAGGGCCACCUUACGUGGAACUCUUUAAGGGAAAACCGCCUGAAGCUGUUGCCACUAAAGGAGUAACUAAGUUGCUAAAUAAACUGUUUUCAAUGAAAGAACAACUACCAAAGGUCAGUGAAGACACUCUAGAUAGAAUUUCUAAAACAUCUGAACAAAUGAAGAACAAUGCACAGAGUAGUAUGGACCUGGGACAGCCAGUGAAAAUGAGCAAAAAGACCAGAAAAGAAAAGCCAUCAGGAUUUGAUGUGCGAGCUCUCUGCACAAGGCUUCGAAACAAGGCUACUCAGGAGACCAGCCGGGAGUUUAAAUGUUCUCAAUCCAGAUUGAAGACAAGCAAACUUUCCUCUCAGAAACUGACACGAACUCUCUGGGCUAGCAAUAUUGUGCAAAGAAUCCGAGUGACCAAGACUUUCACCCAGCUUUCUGAGGAAAUCCAAACGGCAGUCAUGUGGUGCCGGAGCAAAAAGCUCAAGGCUCAGGCCACCUAUCUGGGCAACAAACUUCUCAAGAGUAACAGGCUUAGGCAUGUGGAAGCUCAAGGUUAUAGUUUGCCAAAGAAGCUACAGUGCAUGAAAACAUCUCUUUGCAACUGCCUUCUUCGAGGCUCCAUUAUCAGCACUUCAAAGUGUUCUCCUAGACAAAAAAGAUCAAAGCAUAAAGUUUUAUCGAGACAGAGGAAACCGCAGAGAAAGUUACAGUCAACUCUUUUAAAGGAAACUCAGCAGGAACCUGAAGGGACUCUGAAGAGCACUAGGGACCCUAGUGCUAAGUGGAGCCGCUCAGGUGGGACAGUUCAGAGGACAGAUGUCUGUCCUAACAGAAAGCAGGUCUUGAGAAGACUUUCAAAGUCUGUCCUGAAAACAAAGGAGCCGGGGUUCCAUGGGAAUCUCACAGCAGGCAGUAGAAAUGAAACUGGUUUGUGGACAAACAGACAAACACACACACACAGUGUGCCACAAGCUGCUAAAGAGGCAGAUGACAUUGAUGAUAUUUUUGCUUUGAUGGGCGUUUAGAUGUGCACAUGUGAAACUUCUGGGCAGUUACCCAGAUCGUUCAGGGUUCUGCUGUUUUAAGUGGAACUGCUGAGAGCUGGAAACACUGCUGGGGCCAGGAGCUGCUUCUCUGCAGCAUUCCACACGCGUGCUUGCCAGUUCAAUAAACACUUAACAGCU